CUUUUUUAUUUAUUUGAUUUGAGAUAUGUUAUGCAAGAGAGAGAGAGAGAGAGAGGAGAGAGAGAUUGCUUGGAGAAUGGAGAUAAUCAAAUGAAUCCAGCAUUACCAACCCCAGAUUCCAAGGGCAGAUCAAGGAAAAUUUAAAUAAAAAUUUAAGGUCUCAGAGGCAAAGCAAGGAACUUGAGAGGAAGCCCACCUCCCUCCCUCUCUCUCUCUCUCUGUGGACCCAUGACCUUCUUGCCUUGCUUGCUCUCAUCAUUUGCAAGAGAUGCUCCUGCUCAGUUGCAGCUCACUUGGACCGUUCACUGGUGAAACUCAUGAAUCUGGUGCUUUUGCUUCCAAUGGCAGCAAUUACUCAUGACUACUGACCUGUGCUGAAGAGCAAAAGGAGGAUAAAAGCAUAUGCAAAUAUGCUUUGCUAGUACCAGGCACAAGUAACGCGUUUGUUGUCACAUAACUUGUGUGGUAGAAGGUGAAUGCUGUUUGGUGUGGUUGAUGCUUCAGGAUCUCCAUUGAAGCAUUGCUAUUUCCGAGCUACACUUUUACUCCGCUAUAAGCUUCGCUCUGUGGUUUUGAGCUGCAAGCAAUCAUAAGUUCCUUCUUUCUACGAAAGGAAGAAAAUUUCUGAGUAAUGGAAGAGAAAGUGGUCUCCAAUUCAAAUUUAUUUGUCUUUGAAGAUAAGAGUGAUAGUUUGUAUCCUACGUAUUUUGGUGUGUCGUGUGCAUUCUUUGCUCUGCGGCUCCUGUCAAUGCCUGAUAUGCAAGAUGAGAGGUUGUCUGAAGUGCGGGAGAAAAUGCUUCGAGGAAGUGCGCAACUGUUGGGAUUGCUUGUAUGGAGAGUUCAGAAAGAAGGAAGAAGUGUGCAAGAUUCCGCACUUCUCCAUAAACUUGAGGAUGCAGAAAAAGAGAUCAGAGAGUUGAAGAGACUGAGGCAUGAAGAUGCAAAAGCCAACGAGAAAGUCGUGAGCAUCUUUGCUGCACAGGAGCAGAGCUGGUUGAACGAACGAAAGAAACUGCGGCAGCAUAUUGGGAUGCUAAUAAAUGCAUUGAAGGUUCGUGAGAAAAAGCAGGAUGAAGCAAUUUCUGCAAUGAAUGAUAGAAUGAAGGAUGUGAAGCUUUUGGUGCAAUCUAAGGAUAAGGCAAUGGGGGAAUUGGAGCAGAAGUUGAAAGAAUUGGAAGAGAAGCUAACAAAGGCUGAAAGUGUGGCGGAAGAAUUGAGAGAAAGUGCUAAGCGUGCAGCCCAAGAACAUUCUUCUGAGCUUAUGAAGCACAAAACUGCACGUUUGGAGCUUGUUUCAAGCCAACGGCAGCUUGAUGCUGAUAUGGGUCGAGCACUUAGGCAAGUAGAAGCUACUAAGCGAGAGUUGAAUGUCGUCUUAGAUCAAAAGGAGGAGUCGGUUUUGAUGGUUCAGAAAAUAUCUGCGGAGAUUGUAAAGAUGCAUACGGAUUUGGAACAGAAAGACAAGAUUUUGUCAGCGAUGCUUAGAAAAUCCAAGUUAGACACAACAGAGAAGCACAUGCUUCUAAAGGAGAUGAAAUUAUCAAAGGCAAAGAGGAAGCAAGCUGAGCUUGAAACAGAACGAUGGAAGGUAGUCUCCUCGGAGUCUAGACAUGAGAGGCAUUCAUUGAAAAGUAUGUUGGUGAAAGCGAAUUCUAGGUUUGAAAUUGCUUUAAAUGAAAGAGGGGUGAAUUCCAGUGCAACAGGUACAUCUCAUUUACAAAAUGGAAAGACAAGACCACAGCCAAUCAAUGCUCUUCUUGGCUAUGAACAUUCUGAAUUUAGAGACGAUUCUGAUGGGCACUCGUUUGAGGCAAAGGACCUAGCUGAUAUAAAGCAGUUGGAAGGUUGGGUUCGCUCCGAAGCAGAGAGGUAUGCAGCGCUAAUUGAGCAAAGGCAUCACCUAGAAAUGGAUGCUUUUGUUGAACAAUUGAGACUUAAAGAUGAGAAAUUAGAAACUUAUCGAUGGCGUUUGAUGAGCAUGGAAUUAGAAUCUAAGCGGCUAGAAUCUCAUGUUGAGGGACUGAACAAAGAUAUAUCGCGUCUCAGACACGAUAAUACGAAGUUGGAAGCCUUGUUAUUGGAGCGGGAAGAUGAACUAACUUCCCUAAAAGAGCAGUUUGCAUCACAGUCACGGUUUCUAAACUGCCAGACAAACAACUUAAAUAUCAUAAGUAUGAAAAUGAAGACGGAAGAUCCAAAAAGAAAGACAAGUUCGGUGGAACCAUGCGAAGAGGAAGGUGGUAAGAAAGAAGAGGAAACUCCAUCUUCUAGCCAGUUCAAUGCUGCAGCUGUGAAAUCUCCUGACAAAGAGUUUGAAGGUGAGAAGGAUACUUCCCACGAGGGUACAAGUCAAGCGGGAAGUGCGAGUCCAGUAGAAGUUGACGGUGCUGAAAAGUUAGCAUCACCAAGCCAGGCCUCAAGUACAAAUACUUCGCCGUGGAGGAUGGAUCUUCAAGCUCUUGGUGUUUCUUACAAGAUCAAGAGGCUGAAGCAGCAGCUUAUUAUGCUUGAAAGGUUUUCAGGAAAGCAAGAAGCCGGUGAAAGUCAUACCGAAAGCAAUGAUGAUGGGCAAAGUGGGAUUAAAGGCUUUCUCAUGCUGAUGUUGUUGCUGAAUAAGCAAGUUGGCCGGUAUCAGUCCCUCCAAGGGAAGGUUGAUGACCUCUGCCAACGGAUGCAUGACAAUGAUCUCGAUCUAAAUGGUAGACAUGGAGAUUCAAAUACAGCAAGAACAAAGGACAAGAUAAAGACACUAGAGCGCCAUCUUGAUGAAACGUUUCAGCUGCAGAGAUAUAUGGUUGCAACAGGGCAGAAACUAAUGGAAAUCCAACCCAAGAUUGCUUCUGGACUCGUUGGGGUUGCGGAAGAGCUAGAGACGUGUGCAAGCUUCGACAUGAAGCGCUUCACCGAUUUCAUUAGAACUCUCUUCCAGGAAGUUCAAAGAGGUCUGGAAGUUCGGAUAGCGCGAAUCAUUGGAGAUCUUGAGGGGACCUUGGCUUGUGAUGGGAUGAUAAAUUUGAGGAGAUAGUGAUGAAAAAACGCAAGGAGUUCGAUCAAUAACGGUAGUUUCGACUGAUUUAUAUACUCAGAUUUGUAUAGAGAGGUAUAGGCAAAUAACAUAUAUAAUUUUAAUGCAGAAGGAAUGCUAAGAACUUAACUUUCAUGUACUAUA